GUGCGGCGGGACCCGUAUGAAGUCCUUGCCAUCUCCAGGAACUCCACUGACCAGGAAAUUAAGUCCGCCUACCGUAAAAUGGCUCUCAAAGUGUGUCAGCUGUAAGAGUGGAGUGAAACAGAGCAUGAUUCUGUUUGAGUGAGAAUGGGAAGAAUUACAUAAGAUUUUGAGUUUGUUUCCCAAUUUAAUCUCUGUGAGAUGGUUUAAUAUUUGCAUUACAGCCAUCAGUAAAGGAUCUGGGAUUUGGGUUGAGGUUGAGGUUUUACAAGAUGAAAAUUUAUUGUUUAAGCAAAAUAUAGAGGUAAUUGAAGGACUUUUUGCGACACUAUUGGGUUUAUGGUGAUUCCAAAGAGACCAGCGAGCAAGCGGGUAGUGGAAUUUAUCACUUGUUUGGAAAGCAAGGUUUGAUUUAGCAGACUCGGAAUAGUUAGGUAGCAUCAUGGGUUGGCUUUGGUUAAAAUACCAUCUACUUUUUUUCUCCUUUAUUCCAUUGCUGAUCAAGGUGUGGAAAUUCUCUUUCAUAUACUAUUUCAGGUACCAUCCUGACAAAAAUUCAAAUGACCCUGAAGCAGCUAAUAUGUUUAAAGAGGUUACAUUUUCAUAUAAUAUAUUGUCUGAUCCAGACAAGCGGCGCCAAUAUGAUUCAGCUGGUUUUGAGGCUGUUGAAUUGGAAAGUCAAGAACUUGAACUAGAUCUUUCAAGCUUGGGAGCUGUAAAUACUAUGUUUGCGGCACUCUUUAGUAAACUUGGAGUACCAAUUAAGACCACUGUAUCAGCAGCUGUCUUGGAGGAGGCGCUUAAUGGUGUUGUUGAUAUUCAUCCACUUCCACUUGGGUUGCCUAUUUGUCGGAAGGUUGAAAAGCAAUGUGCCCACUUCUAUUCUGUCACGAUAACAGAAGAGGAGGCAAGGGAUGGAUUUGUCUGUCGGGUCCAAUCAUCUGACAAAAGCAAGUUCAAGUUGUUGUAUUUUGAUCAGGAAGAAAGUGGUGGGUUAAGCCUUGCUCUACAGGAGGACAGUGCUAAAACAGGAAAGGUUGCAUCUGCUGGAAUGUACUUUCUUUGUUUUCCUGUUUAUCGGCUGGAUCACACUGUCAACUCUAUUGCAGCCGCAAAAGAUGCUGAUGCUGCCUUCUUCAAAAAACUGGAUGGGUUUCAGCCAUAUGAAAUAACUGAACUGAAGGCUGGCACCCAUGUUUUUGCUGUCUAUGGUGACAAUUUUUUUAAAAGCGCAAGUUACUCAAUAGAAGCUCUUUGUGCUGCACCUUUUAUGGAAGAGAAGGCAAAUCUUAGAGCUGUUGAAGCUGAUAUACUUGCGAAGAGGGCAGAAAUAUCCAAGUUUGAGACUGAAUAUAGAGAGGUAUUGGCACAAUUUACAGAGAUGACCAGUAGAUAUGCACAAGAGAUGCAAGCAAUUGAUGAGCUCCUUCGACAAAGGAAUGAAAUUCAUGCCUCCUACACCACUGCUCCGCCAAUGAAGCGGAGUUCAGGUAAACAGAGGAAUAAGGGUUCCAUCAAGGAGACCAAAGAAGAUGCACAAGUAAGAGAUAAGAAACCUUCUACAAGGGAUAGACCUAAGAAGAAGAAAUGGUUCAACAUCCACUUAAAAGUUGACAAAAGAAAGCCUUGCUAGUUAUGGUAAGAUCAGCAUUUGCUUUUUCUGGUUGCAUAUUGUGUCCUUGCCUUUCACAUUAGUCUAAUUGUACUGCUACUGCGAAUGCGAAAUCCUAAAUCCUAGCCGGACAUGAGAAGCUGAAUCUGAUGUGCUUGUGUUAAUGAAUUAACCGGCUGCCCUCGUUAAUUUGCUCAUGUUCUGGCACUAGUGCAAGCAAAGUAAGAGGUUAAGCAAUGUCUCGACCAUGUCUCAAAGUGAAAUGCAGAUGGUUGUUUUGCUUUGCUGUAAUGUUCUGGCAGCUUGUCAAAGAAAGAAAACAUCUCAUUGAUAUUGUAAAAUUCCAUUUUUCAGUCAUUUGGUCAUUCUACUGUUCUUUCCCUCAGAUUGUAAGAACGCAUUCCUGUAAAUUGCAUCAUUUAUUCAUAAGAUCAUUUCAUCAA